CAAACGCUUGCGCAACUAAGUUUAGCUAAUAGCGAUGGACCUUGCUGUAUGUGUUGCCAAGAAGACUUCUGUAACAAUAUCUGCAACCAGCACGCAAGUACCACUACUACAUCACUUGCAACAGCCUCAGCCACGACACACAUAUUAAGGCCUGUGUUAACUUCUACAGAGAAGUCUAUUGUAACUAUGGUGACUCCAACGAAACGUUCGACAGACAACGCAAUAAGUACUCUAAGUACUGUGUUGAUAUCCAGUACUUCGAAUACAAAUACAACAGGAACUCCAAAAUCUACAACUAUUUCAAAAUCAGGACCGUCAUCCAUCGUAACGACUUCAGUAAGCGUUCCAGAUAAAACGACAAAAGUGUCAUCAACUUCCGGAGUAGACACAACCAAACCAAUGACUUCGACACAUAAGUCGAAUAUUACAACGUUUUAUCCACAUUCUACUGACAGUGCGAACAUUUCGAAAACAUCAACAGCAAAGUCUGAUAUUUCUUCAUCUCACGCUGUGGGUACCUCAACAGAUUCGCCUACGUCCAUAACAAAAUCAGUACCAUCGUCUAUCGUAACAACUUCAGUAAGCGUUCCAGAUAAAACGACAAAAGUGUCGUCAUCAACUUCCAGAAUGGACACAAUUAUACCGAUGACUUCGACACAUAUGUCGAAUAUCACAACGUCUUAUCCACACCCUACUGACAGUGCGAACAUUUCGAAAACAUCAACAGCAAAGUCUGAUAUUUCUUCAUCUCAUGCUGUGGGUACCUCAACAGAUUCGCCUACGUCCAUAACAAAAUCAGUACCAUCGUCCAUCGUAACAACUUCAGUAAGCGUUCCAGAUAAAACGACAAAAGUGUCAUCAAUUUCCGGGGUAGACACAACCAAACCAAUGACUUCGACACAUAUGUCAAAUAUUGCAACGUCUUAUCCACACUCUACUGACAGUACGAACAUUUCGAAAACAUCAACAGCAAAGUCUAAUAUUUCUUUAUCUCACGCUAUGGAUACCACAACAAAUUCGCUUACAUCCAUAACAAAAUCAGUACCGUCGUCCAUCGUAACAACUUCAGUAAGCGUUCCAGAUAAAACGACAAAAGUGUCAUCAACUUCCAGAGUGGACACAACUAAACCAAUGACUUCGACACAUAAGUCGAAUAUCACAACGUCUUAUCCACACUCUACUGACAGUACGAACAUUUCGAAAACAUCAACAGCAAAGUCUAAUAUUUCUUCAUCUCAGUUAACUUCUACAUACAAUUCUAUUGUAACUAUGGUGACUCCAACGGAGCAUUCGACAGACAACGCAAUAAGUACUCUAAGUACCGUUUUGACAUCCAGUACUUUGAAUACAAAUACAACAGGAACUCCAAAAUCUACAAUUAUUUCAAAAUCAGGACCGUCGUCCAUCGUAACAACUUCAGUAAGCGUUCCAGAUAAAACGACAGAAGUGUCAUCAACUUCCGGAGUAGACACAACCAAACCAAUGACUUCGACAUAUAAGUCAAAUAUUACAACGUUUUAUCCACACUCUACUGACAGUACGAACAUUUCGAAAACAUCAACAGCAAAUCCUAAUAUUUCUUCAUCUCACGCUAUGAGUGCCCCAACCGAAUCGCUUACGUACAUAACAAAAUCAGUACCGUCGUCCAUCGUAACAACUUCAUCUAGCGUUCCAGACAAAACGACAAAAGCGUCAUCAACUUCCAGAGUGGACACAACUAUACCGAUGACUUCGACACAUAAGUCGAAUAUCACAAUGUCUUAUCCACACCCUACUGACAGUACGAAAAUUUCGAAAAUAUCAACAGCAAAGUCUAAUAUUUCUUCAUCUCACGCCACGGGUACCUCAACAGAGUCGCUUACGUCCAUAACAUUUAACAAUGCAAGCACAACCUUGCAUUUGUAUGACCAGUCGACCCGACAAACUUCUAGCCUAAGAACAAUGACAUCAUCUUUUGAAACAAGACAAGGAAUGACAGAUGCAACAGAAAUCACUACAUCACCUGUAACAUCAACCGUGUCUGUGCAAACGUCAGUCACUUUAACAAAAAACGUCCCAUCAUCAUCUCAAACGUCAUUAACUAAUAGUUCAACACCAGUACAAAAUACGUCAGCCAGCACACUGAAGCCAGUGACGUUACCAAAAGAAAAUGGUACAGCAUAUAAUACAGUUUUAACGUACAGACCACCCCCUGUGACACAACACUCGGUGCAAACAACGCAAGUAUCUAUAAUAACUACUACUGCAAAACCUCCAUAUACAAUUCCACCGAAAGCAGUUAUGUGCGCAGUGUGCUCGGGACCGGACUUCCUCUGUGAAAAACUGUACGAGAUCAAGCAAUGCCUUCCUCCGAAUAAUUACUGUGUAAACAAACUUGAAAAUCAUAAAGAUGGAACUAGAAAGGUUACCAGGGGAUGUGCUGAUUUCCAAACAUGUUACCGGGACUGGUUUUUAGGGAGCUCUGACAAUGACAAAUGUAGAAAUUUCGAGCAGAACAACAUCGUUACUUUAGAAUAUCAAUGUACUUAUUGUUGUAUCCAUGAUAACUGCAGUGUUCCAAUCAGGCCGUCAGAUGCGUCUUUGUAUAAAGAUUUAUAAUAAAAGUGUAUUAAACAGUA